AUGCAGGAUACCCGCAACGGACUCGCGUGGGAUGACAAGGCAUUUGACCUCACGCCGGUGUGGACGCGAGAGCCAACGCUGGAAGCCAUCGAAAAUGUGUGUCGCAACAGGCUCUCAUUAGAUGACAAGGAGACCUGCGAUGUCACUUUCUUUGCCGAAGGCGCCUUCAACAAGCUCUACCUGGUGUGUACCAGCAACCGUCAGCUUCUGAUGCGAGUCUCUCUGUCCGUUCAUCCCCACAGCAAGACUCUGGGCGAAGUGACGACCUUACGAUUUCUUCGUCGCUCGACGAAUAUCCCAGUGCCAGAGAUUUUUGCAUAUGAUGAAACAGCAAACACCGAAAUCGGAUACGAAUGGAUCUUGAUGGAACGCAUGUCCGGUGUCCCUGCAUACAAGAAAUGGAGAACCAUGACCACCUUCCAAAAGGUAGCACUUGUCCAACAAAUGGCUGGGUUUCAAGCACAAAUGUUCCAACAUACGUUCUCCGGAAUUGGAACUCUUAUUCCCGGCGAUGAAACCACCCAGAAUGAACAGCCAGGCGAGAUUGUUUCGACCUCAUUCUUCAUGGGCCAGCGUUUUACUUUCGACAUAGCUCGUGGGCCGUUCCGCUCGACCUAUGAUUGGCUUUCGUCUCACCUCAAAUUUAUCAUUCAAAACUAUACUUUGGAGAAAGAGGAGGCCGAAGAUGAAGACGACGAGGAAGCCGCUGUCUUUGCUCUAUCGGUUACCGACAGAUUGAUUGGAUUAUUGCCUAAGAUAUUCCCCACUCUUCAGAAUCCCCCGGAACAAUCCGUCCUUUGGCAUCAAGAUCUCAAUCUCAACAAUAUUCUGGUGGAUGAGAAAGGAAACAUCACCGCUGUCAUUGACUGGGAAUGUGUCUCAGCCAUGCCACCUUGGAUGAUUACUGAAAUGCCGGAAUUCUUGAUCGGUUCAACUCGAGAACAAGAACCAAAGCGUGAAAGAUAUAACGAUGAAACCCCCGAACAGGCUGCAGAAAUUGGACCUUCUGCAGAUCCCGAGCUUGACAAUGAAGGAAAAAAUGAACUGUACUGGGUUCACCUGAUGGAAUACGAGACUACUCACUUGAGGGAUCUUUAUACGAGAUGGAUGUGUCAACUUCGACCGGGCUGGGCCACCGAGGUCAAGGAAAACACACUUAAAAUGAUUUUUUCAACGCAGUAUUGA